AUGACAGAAUGUGAUUGCGUGAUGAAGGGAUUCCUUAAUGGGUCAUCUUUGUGGAAAUCCGUUGUUGCUUCAACCGUAUUUAAUGCUUUUAUGAUUUUCUUUGGGAGAAAUUUCUUUGGAUUUAUUUGCUCAAUGUUCUCUCUGAUGAUUUUAGCAGGAGGGAUUUGUGUCAAGGUAGCUCCAGAAAAACUUGAAGCUAUUAAGAAAAAGGAUUUGGUAACAUCUGAAAUGCUUGAAAAACACUGUAGCUCUAUUGCAGAAUGUAUGAAUAAGAAGAUCGAAUUUGCUAUAGAUACUAUUUCAUGGGAACUCCCAUUUGUCUCAUUUGUUUUAUUUUUAGCAUUGGCAUUCUCAUCAAUUUUCCUCAGAAAUCUUGGAUUCUUUGUUUUCACAACUGUCGCAGUAAACAUUUUUUUACUUAAGAACUACAUAAACUCUUUCUACACAAGCAUUGUUGGACCAAAAGUUUCCCCUCAUAUUGACAAUAUCUCAAAGAAGUUCAAUAAGAGCUUCGAGAAAAUCCCAAAGAUGAGCAGCUUGAAGUCGGAUUAA